AGAUCAUUUCAAAUCAAAAAUCAUUUCAAAAUCAUUUGAUAAGAGCGGCGACUCGUAGAGUGACGUUGGCGUUCUCGAAUACGCGAAAGACCGGUUCGGCUUUUAAAGGUAUUUAAGGAAAUAAAUAGAUAAGUGCCCUAACAUUUCAUAAGAUGUAUCGAGUACCAUCUACUGUUCGUUCUCUUGCCCUUCGGAAUGCUUACAAACUUAAUCAGAUCGAAAGGUGGUAUGCCAAAGAUGUUAGAUUUGGACCAGAAGUUAGAGCCUUGAUGUUACAAGGGGUAGAUGUUUUAGCAGACGCUGUAGCUGUAACUAUGGGACCAAAGGGUCGAAAUGUUAUCAUUGAACAAUCUUGGGGAUCUCCAAAAAUUACCAAAGAUGGUGUAACAGUAGCAAAAGGUGUGGAGCUUAAAGAUAAAUUUCAAAACAUAGGUGCCAAACUAGUUCAAGACGUAGCUAAUAACACCAAUGAGGAAGCUGGUGAUGGAACCACCACAGCUACAGUUUUGGCCAGAUCUAUUGCCAAGGAAGGUUUUGAAAAUUUAGGUAAAGGUGCCAAUCCAGUAGAAAUUAGAAAGGGCAUUAUGCUAGCUGUUGAGAAAAUCACAGAAACUUUAAAGACAUUGUCCAAGCCUGUUACAACACCAGAAGAAAUUUGCCAGGUGGCAACAAUUUCUGCUAAUGGGGAUACAUCUGUUGGAAAUCUCAUUGCUGAUGCUAUGAAGAAAGUAGGCAAAGAAGGUGUUAUCACUGUUAAAGAUGGAAAAACUCUUAAAGAUGAAUUAGAAGUCAUUGAAGGAAUGAAAUUUGAUAGAGGAUAUAUAUCACCUUAUUUUGUCAAUACUACAAAAGGCGCAAAAGUAGAAUAUCAAGAUGCUUUAAUAUUAUUUAGUGAGAAAAAGAUUUCUUCUGUUCAAAGUAUUGUACCAGCUUUAGAAUUAGCUAAUGCCCAAAGAAAACCAUUAAUCAUCAUUGCUGAAGAUGUAGAUGGGGAAGCUCUAACAACAUUGGUAGUGAAUAGGCUUCGGAUUGGACUUCAAGUAGCAGCUGUUAAAGCACCAGGUUUUGGUGAUAAUAGAAAAUCUACUCUCCAAGAUAUGGCCAUUUCAAGUGGAGGCAUUGUAUUUGGUGAUGAUGCAGAUAUUGUUAAACUAGAAGAUGUAAAAUUAUCUGAUUUGGGUCAAGUAGGAGAAAUUGUAAUCACUAAAGAUGAUACAUUAAUUCUUAGAGGUAAAGGCAGGAAAGAGGAUGUAGAUAGGCGUGCAGAUCAGAUCAGGGAUCAAAUAGACAAUACUACAUCUGAGUAUGAAAAAGAAAAACUUCAGGAAAGGUUAGCACGUCUUGCAUCUGGUGUGGCAGUUCUAAAGGUUGGGGGAAGUAGUGAAGUUGAGGUUAAUGAAAAGAAAGAUAGAGUUACUGAUGCAUUAAAUGCUACAAGAGCUGCUGUAGAAGAGGGUAUUGUUCCUGGCGGUGGUACUGCUUUGUUAAGAUGCUCUUCUAGUUUAGAUUCUUUAAAAGCUACAAAUAAAGAUCAGGAAAUUGGUAUUGAAAUUGUAAGAAAAGCUUUAAGAAUUCCAUGUAUGACAAUUGCUAAAAACGCUGGUGUUGAUGGAGCUGCUGUGGUAGCGAAAGUAGAACAACAAUCUGGAGAUUAUGGAUAUGAUGCACUUAACAAUGAAUAUGUAAAUCUAUACGAAAGAGGAAUUAUUGACCCUACUAAAGUUGUACGAACAGCAAUUGUUGAUGCAUCAGGAGUAGCGUCUUUACUAACGACAGCAGAAGCAGUAAUAACAGAAAUUCCUAAAGAAGAACCAGCAAUUCCAGCUGGCGGUAUGGGAGGCAUGGGCGGUAUGGGUGGAAUGGGCGGCAUGAUGUAAAUUAUGCAAACAAAAGACAUUUACCAAAUUAUCGUACUAUGAUAAGAGUGAUAGAGUCCUGUUGAAAAGAUUUCCUUAAGUGUUUUGACAGGAAUUUUUGUGAUGUGGAAAUUGAAUAAGUGCAAAUUGUCUUAUAUGCUAAAACUAGCAUGAGUGUGUGGAAAUUUUGAUUGAAACUAUGUUUCAAACAAUGAAAAUAUGAGACUGCCAAGAACCUUUAACAAGUCAGUUUUAAUCACAUUGAUCUGAACUGCAUUUAAUUGUAUCAAAAUGUAGCGUUCUUUUUUUUUUAAUUUUCCCAAUUUGUAAAUUGUUAUAAAAUAUAGUUGUUAUAAUUUUUUA